AUGUCGGAGCUCGCAUUCGCCAAAUCUUUCCUCGCCUCGCUGGACUCACGACCCAUCAAGCUGCGAGCUGAUCAUGUCUUCGACCCGGAACAAGUUGGGUUGAGAGUUCCAUAUACUCUGCCUCGCUUUCAACCCCCGCAUCCAGAGAUGCCCAAGAAGACACAACAAGCCCAGGCACCUGGAUCGUCGAAAUCCGCCUCCAUUAAAGUCAAAUCAGCCCGCAACCCAACGCUCGAUUUCUCCAUUCCCAAUGCGCCGAUCUCAACGACGACCAUCCAAGACCUCAAAGACGCGGUUCGCCAACGGGUGAGCGAUGCGCACGGGAAUCCAGUGGCGCUGGACAAAAUCAAGAUCUUAUACCGUCGCAAGCCAGUGCCAGGAUCGGGGAAGACAGUCGCAGAGGUCUUGGCCGACGAGCCUGACACUCUUGCUGGUGGUAAAGAGGUGGAAUUUGGCACGAUGAUCAUCGGUGGUGCGAAGACUCUUGAUGCCGUCGAACCAUCAUCAGAAGUUGUCGCGGAACAAGAUAUACCGAAGCCGGCUGUCGGCCCUAGUGGCGUGGAGAUACUGAAGACCGAUGAGUUCUGGGACGACCUACGAGGCUUCCUGGAACAGCGCUUGAAAGACUCCGAUGAAGCAAAACACUUGGCAGUCCUCUUCAAAGGCGCAUGGCGUUCUGAAUGA